AUGAACCACCCACGCCGAUACAACGUAGAGCGAUCAUGUUUACGCUGCCACGAACACAAAAUCAAGUGCGACAAGGGCUCACCAUGCAGCAAAUGCAUGCGACAGAAGGUAACCUGCCAGUAUCCAGGUCCAAGCCGAGCCAAGCGCCAAAAUCCGAAGAAGAGCACGACCGAUAUUGCGGUACGGUUGGAGCAGCUCGAACAGCUCAUCGCGGGAAUGAUCAGGGAACGGCCGACUGGCUCGGAUAGUGAAAACCAAGACCAGAGUGCAAGCUUAUCGAUGUCGACUGGCCGAUCUGACUACGGGCCCCCAUCAACCCACUCAGCUGCAGCAGACCGCCCCACUCAGCAGGGGUUCCUGGACAAAGACGGCCGGUAUAUCAAUGAGCCUCUCCUCUCGCGGGUUUUAGAGAAAGAGCAGGAGCUGAAGUCAGCAAUCGGAUCGCCGAUCGGUGCAACUAGUCCACGCCGACCAGUCUUGAGGGCAGAUGGCCUCUUCGCCAACCCGCUCUCGGUUCAGAUUGACCCCCAGGAGCUAUACCCGAGUCGCUGGGAGGGAGUCUUUCUCUGGCAGACAUUCCUCGGCCGUGUAGAGCCCUUGGUAAAGGUCCUUCAUGUUCCAACAGCGCAAUCGCUCAUCUUUUCUGCAAUUAGCCGACCCGAGAGUGUGCGUGCUGAUGUACGUGCUUUGCUCUUUGCGAUAUGUUUUGCUGCUACAACAACCUUGCUUUCAGAUGAUAUCCAGAAUGAAGUUCGGCAUGCCAAUCUGCGGCGGUAUCAACAGGGGCUGGAGUUGUCUUUGUAUCACUCCGACUUUUUGGAUGCCCCAACUCUUACCUCGUUGCAAGCGAUGGUGAUAUAUCAGACAUGCUUUCGAUUUAGCAAUAGCGGCCGGUCUGGCUGGACCUUACACGGUGUAACUAUUCGAGCUGCGCAAUCAAUCGGUCUCCAGCGGGACGGAAAAAACUUCAAACUCUCUCAAUUGGAAUGCGAGCUACGCCGCCGAACCUGGGGACAUAUACAAUCGGCCGAUAUGCGAGUAGCAGAAGACCAUGGCCUCAGCGUCCCCGACAACGAUUACGGUGACACUGAACUCCCACUGAAUAUCGACGACCAGAACUUAUCACACACGAGCAUUAUCCCAGCCGUAUCGCAGGACCGAUGGACCGAGUUGACAUUCACUCUAAUCGUAGUCGAAAUUAACAAGGUGCGGCCGGUUUUACUUCGAAGUUUAGCAGGAGCAUCCGAUCCAGAGCGACUCAUCGCCGAGUUCAAAGGCUCAAUAGAGGAGAAAUACCUGCGACAUAGCGACCCGGACAUCCCGAUCCAGCGCUUCGGCUUCCUCCUUGGCCGGCUGCUCCUCACAAAGACCGAAGUGUGCAUUCGACAAAAACAGCUGCAAUCACAGGGCCCGGCGGCCUGCUCACUCGAUCACAACCUUGUACAAAAGACGCUAGCACAAGCCUGCUAUGGCCUAGAAAUCGGCGUCGAGAUGCAUAGCAACGAAAUAUUGCGUGGCUUCCGAUGGAUGAUGAUGACUCACACUCAAUACCACCUCUUCACAUUCAUUCUCUGGGCUCUGUGUGUCUAUCCCACCGGCCCCUAUGUUGAACGAGCCUGGAGCGUUAUCAAUACCCAGUUCGAGCUGAUUGAUGAUUCCUCUUGGCCGGACCCGGGACCUAAGUGGCCGAUGAUUGUGCAGUUGCGGAAUAAGGCGCGGCGUAUUCGCCAGGCUCAUGAUUCUGUCGAGCAGAGUCAGCAAGCUGUUCACGAUAAUCGUCCUGUUUGUGUUGAUGGGAUUGGGACUGGGUAUUCUCGGCCAGAGGCAGGAUUUGAUAUUGAUCGUUGGGAUCCGAGCUUUGUCGACUUUUCGGAUUGGAAUAGCUUGGCCCAGAGUCUUUCUCUCCUAAAUUGA